AUGUCAAGGGGGUAUGAAAAAUAUGAAGCUACUUACUCGAAGUUAGCUCAUUUGGUAUUUGACGGAACAGUGGUCCAGUCCAAGGAGAGACGUUGGACACCGAUUGGAAAAACGUGUGUCUUGGGUACGUCUAAAAUUUGUUUACCAAGAAUCGUCCGUAAAUUAAUUGCCAAACGCUAUAGAUCAAACGAUCUGGGACUCAUGUCCUUCAAGAGUCUUCUUAAAGAGUCCAAAUUUCGUUAUUUCCCAAAAAGUGAAAAUUCAAGUGCAUUAUUGCUAUAUUCUGUCGAGAUAGAGAAGGUAGCUCAUUCGAGUAAAUUACGAACUAAGACGAGUUCACCGAAUAAUGAUUUGCUCAAGUCAAAACAUCAUGUUUUUCCUUGGAAAACAUCUUGUUUUAGUUUAUUUUUUUUAUGGAACCACACGAUUCUAUUUUUGGCAAAGGCUCAUUUGCUUAUUGGACGAAAAAUAGAAAUACCCUCUGACAAAAGAGAAGUUUAUCCAAUUCCAUUAUACGGAGUUUACCCAUACACAUUCAAUUUUGUUUUUAAUUUAAUUGAUUUGGAACAAAGCCGAGCCAUGCAAUGGCAGACAUCGAUUUAUUUGUACACGUUACAACUUUGGGGACAUGCAGAAGUAUUAUUUAUUCCACCAAAUUACAUAGAUUAUUGUUUCUAA